AUGGCCGCCUCUAUGGACCACCCCCCAGCAGAGUACCACUAUGGAGAACGAACAUAUACCUCCCUUCAAUCAAUCAUAUCUGACCCCACCCAGCUUCUCAUAAAUUCGAGCGUCGGAAUGAAUCGAUCAUCCAUUGGUGGAGACUUGGAGAUCCUCUCCGCAGCUCGCUACCCCCAGGCUCUCAUGGAGCCUUAUGAGGGAACAGACCUUCCUCCGCGUAAACGCAAGUCUGAUCCCAGUCAGUACUAUGGUGGGAUAGUCCUUAAUUCCUCUGCAGUAGAUGGCGACAACUCCUCUUCUGGAGAGACAGACCAAGCCCCGCCGUCCAAAAAGAAGCGGUCUGGUAAACAACCCACGGCUGGUGACCACGAGGAUCCAGCAGAUUCCAAAAAACAGCGCGGUCGGCCCAGAUUAGACACUCAAGAUGAGACUGCGGCAGACCGUCGACGAACACAGAUUCGUCUUGCUCAGAGGGCAUAUCGCCAUCGGAAAGAGACAACCAUCUCUGCCCUGAAAAAUAAGGUUGCUGCCCUCGAGGACACCAUCGACCAGAUGAACAAGACCUUUCUGGACCUCCACGACAACAUGGUCGACGCCGGCAUUCUGACAUCUCACUACACUCUUGGUCGCCAACUCAAGUCCGCCACUGAGGCUUUUGUUGCUUUUUCCAAGGUGACCGCGACCGAGUCCGACGAUGAGGACGAAAAGAUAGCAAAAAUCACCAAUGGCGAAUCAGACCCUCCGGAUGUGGCUGCCAAGGUCAAGAGAACGAACUCUCAAGAUGUGAACAAGUGGACUGGUCGAGAUGCUACGAAGCAACCAUCUUCCCGCACCACCACAAGAGCCAAUGUACGUGGCACCAGUGUUAACCCGAGCUCUACCGACUUAGAAGCAGUAGAAGAGAUUCCACUAGCUCUUAGCAAGAAAAACAUUGCCUCCGCCGCCGCCGACGACGACGAUGGCUUCUUCGCCGCGAUCUCGCAAACCAGCUUCAUCGACACUUCGAACCUUCAUGGCCUAAAUGAACUGAUGCAAUUUAACGCCCAAAUUUCAGAUCAUAUUCCUUCCUUUGCCGAUACAGAGCUAAACGAUAGCCAAUCUAUCGAGCGUCCCAUCAAGCCCGCGCAUCAACCACAGGGGUCUUAUACUUAUAGUUUUCAAGAGACCACUUUCGCGCGCCGCCUACACCGUAUGUGCCUCGAACGAGCAUUCCGAAAUUUGACCAAUCCACAUAUUGACCCGAGCUAUAUCAAGCGCGCUUUCCGCUUUACUUUUUGCUUUUCUAACCGCAAACGCAUGCUCCAACGUUUCCAAGAGAUGCUCAAACGCCGCGCUGGUGAAAGCCUUGAGAAUUGGAGUGUUCCCUUCUUCCGCAUUGGUGGCGCUGGAACUCACUUCCCCCGGCGUGACGACGAGGGAAAGCCCUUGUAUCCGCCGAACAUGGUUAGUCCCGCAAAAGCCUUCGGUCCUCAACCCUGGGUCGAAGUCGAGACACCUCGUCUUGAGGCAACCACACAGGAGAUGCUCGAGAACAUCGGCUUUGGCGGCGAAUGGUAUGAUUCACACGAUGUCGAAGAGUAUCUCAAGACCAAGGGCAUCUUCCUUGAUGGACAGAGCAGCUUUAUCGGAGUCGACCCGAGCGUGCUCCUGCUGAUCAAAUCAAGCACCGGAAAUGGCAACUCAUCCGUAAGCGAUAGUUCCAGCAUCACUCGCAGCCCGCACGAGUUGAACAUCCGGACGCCGUCACCACUACUCGACAGUCUCACAGAUCCAUUCAUCGCGAGGGAGCUUAAUGAUAUCUAUGCCAACCCAUCCUCACUCUUCCCUGCCAACGCCAAGAGCUCCUCCAACACUGCCACUGCCACCGCCAACACACCCAACCCCAUUACUACAGGCAGCGAAGGCAAGAGCCAUACGGGCAUCGCUCCCUUCGACGCUGGUAACUCAUCACUUUCACCAUCGUGGCCGAACAAUUUUUUCGCCCCCCAGCUAUCCGCAGACUACACACCUGGCAAUAUGUACCCGGAUUUCCUCGGACGCAGCGCCCAAGGCCCAGUGACCUUCGAUGUCGAUAUGUUCCUCGAACGCUUGAUCGAGCAUAGUGCUUGUCUCGGCCGCGCCCCGGGAUUCAGGAAGUCCGCUAUUGAUGAGGCGCUGCGCAUGAGUGUUCAGGAGUCAGCCUAUUAA